AUGGCCCGCUGGCGAGGAAAAUUAUACGCCACUGAUCGUGCGGCUGACUUUGAUCAUGAACGGGAUCGCCAUGUUCGAGUCCGACAGAUCUAUGAGACCAUCGAUCGGCAACCAUUUCAGUGGGUCGUCGUUCUGGUUGCCGGUGUUGGUUUCUUGCUCGAUGGUUUCUCUCUUUUCGCCGGCAAUAUCGCCUUGCCGAUGAUCGCAUACGUAUACUGGAAAGACGAAACCUCAUCCUUUCGCCUCACGUGCAUUAAUAUGGCGACCCUUGGAGGAACCGCAUUGGGCCAGGUCCUUUUUGGCUUUCUAGCGGACAAGAAAGGUCGUAAAAAGAUGUAUGGUAUCGAAUUAAUAAUGCUCAUUGGAGCUACGCUUGGCGUCGUUAUGAGCUCCCGCGGCUACAAUGGAUCCAUGAGCAUAUAUGGGUGGCUGAUCUUCUGGAGAAUCAUCGUUGGCAUCGGGGUCGGCGCAGAUUAUCCUUUGAGUGCCGUGAUAACAGCUGAAUUUGCUCCCACAAAGCAUCGUGCGCGUAUGAUGGCAUCAGUAUUUUUCAUGCAGCCACUCGGACAGAUCUUCGGGAACGUUGUUUCACUGGUUGUCGUGACCAUUUCUCGUAAGAGCAACCAUGAAGAUAUGCAGAGAUCAGUCGACAUCAUGUGGCGUUGGAUUAUUGGCCUAGGAGUCAUCCCUGGAGUGGUGGCUCUUUUGUUUCGUUUCGCCAUACCCGAAAGCCCAAGAUUCAAGCUAGAUGUCGAGGACGACCCUAUCAAGGCUGAGUUUGAUGCCACUCAAUUAUUCGGAGAAACAGCAAUGGGAAGCGAGCUCGAAUCAGGUAUGUGGUGUGAAUCUCCCGGUGCUUCCCAUGCCUCGAGCCGAUCGAUGGAAAUCCCAGUGGACACGACGCCGAAUUGGGUGAUCACGUCUGCCCCACCUACAACAUUGAACUCUUCUUGGAAAUUGUCAAAGGCGGACAUCAUCCAAUACUUCUGGACAGAAGGCAAUUGGCGCACCCUAUUUGCAACAUCCAUGUGUUGGUUACUACUGGAUUUUGGCUUCUAUGGAAUAGGCCUCAGCUCCCCUGCCUUUCUCAGUAAGACAUGGGGCAACCUACGCAUCACCGGACCCUCGCCACCCUGGCAGACUGAUCCAAAUAAAGAUCCUUACACCAUGUUUUUGGAGACUUCGGUUCAGGCACUCGUGAUCUUGAAUACUGGGAGUUUUGUCGGUGGAGUCCUCUGGAUAACGUGCGCAAACCGCUUGAACAGAGUCAGCCUUCAGAAGUAUGGCUUCUUGGUCCUGGCCGCACUUUUCAUUGCUCUGGGAACAGUCUUCAUCACCAUUCAGCGAGAGGGUCCUCUGGCAAUUUGUCUGUACAUUAUCGGACAAGUCGCAUUCAAUUUCGGACCCAAUUCGACAACUUACAUUAUCCCAGCUGAACUUUUUCCAACCCGAUAUCGCGCAACCUGCCACGGUAUCAGUGCCGCAGCCGGGAAACUUGGCUCCAUCCUCGUCCAAGUGUUUUCCGCGUACUAUAAAUUCGGCUCCUCCUCACCUGGAAACGAUCAGACCAAGAGAUAUGGUACAAUCCUGGUAGUAUUCAGCGUCUGUAUGAUCCUCGGUGCGGUCAUCACGCACUUCUGGAUCCCUGAAGUCCAGGAGAAGGCUCAGCGUGGCGAGAUCUGGGCUGGUAAGGCCAAGAGUUUGGAAGAGCUGGCAUUAGGAAGAUGGGGGCUCAAGAGCCAGUCAGUCGUCCGAAGUCAACCGACUCGGAGCAUUGAUGGUUUGUGA